ACCUAAGGGUCACUGUUUACAUCCAUCCAUAAGUGCCAUUUCUGCUUGUAUGUUUCUGCACCGUGACAGUUUGACAGAGCUGUAGAAGACAGAAAUAAAAACAGCUCAUCAUUUCUUUUCCUCCAAAUUCGGCUUGACACCUUUUGCCUUGAAGCCGCAGCGCCUGCUCUUCAGAGAGGAUCACGUCGCAAAGAGGACACCUUGUGGAUUUUAGCAAAACGAUUCCUGUUUAGAUCUGCCGGUACCAGCUGCCACCAUUUCACCUCCAACAACCAUGUACAGCUCCAGCUACUCCCGGGCCAAGUUUGGCCUGGAGGCAAGGGGGCCUCUGCACAAGCCCAAAGGGAAGAGCUGUGGCUACUACGUGAAGAUCAUCUUCUUCUUUUCUUCUCUGAUCCAGUCUCUGAUCAUCGUCAGCCUGGUGCUCUUCCUCAUCUAUGGACAGCCGGAGAAGUCUGCAGAGGAGAAGAGGGUCAAGGACCUCGAGGUGAACUUCAACAGGCUGAGUGACAACAACAUCCAGCUGAGAAAGGAGAAGGGCGAGCUGGGAGCUCAGCUGGCAGCUCGCACAGCUGAGAAGGAGGCUCUGGACAAAGAGGUGGCGAAGCUGAAGACCGAUGCCAACAACACCGAACAUGUGCUGAAAGGAAAAUUAGCCAGCUGUGAGAGGACGACACUCAGCAUGAUGGCGCGACGUACCACCACCCCGAUCCAGCCCCCUGUCAUGGUCACUACCAACAGUGAAGUGAAGACUCUGCAGAGCCUCAACGCCCAGCAGAGAGCCAUGAUCAACCUCAUUGAGACAAACUUCACCCAGACAGUUCAGUACCUGAGCCAGGAGAGAGACACUGCCCUCAAAGACAGAGACACACACCACCAGGAUGCCAUCACCCUGCGCAGGGAGAACACCUUGCUGAAGGAGCAGCUCACCACCUACACCAGGAAGUGCAAAGAGGACUUUGCUAAUUCUUUGGACGGGAUCAAAACGGUGACCAGGGAUUUCCUGAACAGGAUUAACAACCUGUUUCCCCACCAGCUGACCUUUCACCUCACCUGCGACAGGCAGCAGGAGGAAAUGGAGAAGAUAAGAAACAGCUGCACAAACCUGUCCAGAGACGUGGAAAAUAAGUUCCAGCUGUAUUUAGACAAAGUGGGCAACAAGGUGGCUGAGAUCCAAGGCCUGUCCAGUCGUCUGGAGGUACAAAACACACAUCUGAACUCUGAUCUGCAGCAGUGUGUGCGCACACGCAGUGAGGCGGCUGCCGAGGCCACCAGGCAGCUACAGCUCAAGCAAAAGGAUCAUGAUGACCAGAUGGAGAAAUUCCUCAUGGAGCAGAAGUGGCUGAGGGAACAGAAGAAGCUGCAGGAAGACAGUUUAGCACUGAGAGAAAAAGAGCUUCAGCGUCUCCAACAGAUGCUCCCUGCUCAGGCCAAGUCUGGUACUCCCAAAGCUGCCAGUCUGCCAGGGGCCCCACAGCAAGGAGGACAGACUGUGGCUAAGUGGCCUCCUAUCGGAGCACCUGUCAUCAGCAAAACUCCAACGGUGAGAUAAAACGCAUCAGCAGAGUGAUGACUGAAGGCAGCGCCGGUGCACCUCAGUGAUCAACAUUUUGACCUUAAAGAAUUUCCUACGGACAUGUAUAUACUCCUGAUACAACACAACCUGUAAAUACUUUGAGUCCUUCUUAAUGAUAUAUUUACUGUUGCUCUGUGCAUGCUUUGUUUAGUUCUCCACGGAAUAGAAGAUUCCUGUCUUUUACUUGUGCUUGAUUUAAACGUAUACUGUGAAAAGUCUGGUUGUCUGUCCAGGUAAAUGUAAAAAUUUUCAUGACACUGGUGUAAAUAUUUUCUAUUGUGUGUCACUCUCUGUGGUUGGUAUAGUUAGCUUUUCUGUACUGCGGAAAUCAAAAUUAAAUCGACCAAAAAAACUGACUCACUCCUUGUGCAAUCCUCUUUUGUCUCCCU